AUGCACUCGGCCUUGACGUACCAGCCAGUCGCCCGGUGCUCGGUCACCAAGGCACGUGCUGCUACUCUCCAAUUGCCUCAUGGUCCUGUGCCUUUGCCCAUUUUCAUGCCUGUUGCAACGCAGGCUUCUCUCAAGGGCUUGACUCCUCAUCAACUAGAAGAGACUAGCUGUCGUUUGUGUCUGAACAACACUUAUCAUCUUGGCCUCAAACCUGGUCAAGCCACCCUAGAUGCUGUCGGUGGUGCUCACAAGCUGCAAUCAUGGCCACACAACAUCUUGACAGAUAGCGGAGGCUUCCAAAUGGUCUCGCUACUCGAACUCGCCACGGUCACCGAAGAGGGCGUCCGCUUCCUCAGCCCUCACGACCGCUCUCCCAUGCUCUUAACCCCCGAACACUCCAUCUCGCUCCAGAACAGCAUAGGCUCAGACAUCAUGAUGCAACUCGACGAUGUCAUAGCCACCACCUCACCUGACCACGCCCGCAUCAAAGAAGCCAUGUAUCGCAGUAUCCGAUGGCUCGACCGCUGCAUCGCCGCCCACAAAAAGCCGGAAUCUCAGAACUUGUUCUGUAUUAUCCAAGGAGGGUUGGAUUUGGAAUUGAGAAAGGAAUGCUGUAAAGAGAUGGUUGCUAGAGAUACUCCUGGUAUUGCUAUUGGAGGCCUUUCUGGUGGUGAGGCUAAAGAGGAGUAUUGUAAGGUUGUCAGUACGUGUACGGAUAUGCUGCCACCCAACAAGCCACGCUAUGUCAUGGGUGUUGGAUACCCUGAAGAUCUGGUUGUUUCUGUUGCUUUGGGAGCAGACAUGUUUGACUGUGUUUGGCCAACUAGAACAGCACGCUUCGGCAAUGCCAUCACCUCCACCGGCGUCCUAAACCUCCGCCACGCCUCCUACGCCGACGACUUCUCCGCCGUAGACCCAGAUUGCAAAUGCACAAUCUGCCGUCCCACCUCUGCAGGAGGUCUAGGUCUCACACGCGCCUACAUCCACCACGUUGCCGCCAAAGAAACUGCUGGCGCACAUUUGCUCAGCAUACACAAUGUGCACUAUCUCCUCGACCUUAUGCGUCGUAUCCGAGAAGCCAUUAUUGCGGAUCAAUAUCCUGCGUUCCUACGCAAUUACUUUGCGACUUUGUACAAGGGAGACAAGACGAAAUAUCCAGCGUGGGUUGUUGAGGCGCUGAGAGGUGUUAAUGUGGAUUUGUUACAAGAUUAA